UCAUUUCUUCCUCGUUUGCAUCACGCACUCAUACUCUCUCUCUCUCUCUCUCUCUCUCUCUCUCUAUAUAUAUAUAUAGCGUGGAGAGGUUUCUCUACCAUAUUUCAUCUCUCUCACAUCACUCUCUGUCGUCCUCUCUCUAUGUAUACGUAUUUGUAUACGUCUAUAUAGACACACAAAUUUGGUUGUUUCUCUCUGGAAUCUGCGAGGGUUUGACGUAGGGGAUGAGGCUUUAGAUGAGGAAGAAUUGAGAUUCAAAUGUUACUGCAACAAAAAGGGGAUUGGAAUUCAAAUGCUUGGAUCUGCUGGUGGUCUUAUGGCCUCCAGCCUGAAGAAAUCUGUGGAAUUGUGUUUUGUAAGGAAUGCUGUUAGGUUGAAGUCAUCUUUUAUGGGGUAAGAAGUGGGGGAGAAAUGGUUUUGAAUUUCGGAUAUUUAAAUACAUGGAGGAGACACGAGAUGAUGCAGGGCCAGCAGAGCAAGGGCCUCCAAAUGCUUCAUGGUGGCCUUCAGAUUUCGUGGACAAAUUUGGAUCUGUUUCUUUGGGUUCCCAUGAAGAAACCUUGAGUAAUAUUGAAUCACCUAGAAGUCCGUACCAAGACGUGUUGUCAUCUCAGACAGCAUCACAAGUUCUAUGGCAAACUGGAAUGCUUUUGGAACCGAUUCCCAAUGGUUUCUAUUCUGUCAUUCCGGAUAAAAGGCUCAAGGAGAUCUUUGAUGAUAUUCCUACUCUUGAUGAACUUCAUGCAAUUGAGGCAGAGGGUGUGAAAGCUGAUGUCAUUCUUGUAGAUACUUCAAAAGACAAAAAGUUGUCCAUGCUGAAGCAACUGAUUGUGGCACUAGUGAAAGGAUUGAACUCAAAUCCAGCUGCAAUGAUAAAAAAGAUUGCUGGACUGGUUUCAGAUUUUUAUAAGCGGCCACCUGUGGAAAGUCCAGCAAAAGCUGCACUAGAAGAAACCUCCCACAUGUUUGAUAAUCGAGGAGUCCAACUUUUGGGGCAAAUAAAGCAUGGUUCAUGCCGUCCUAGAGCAAUCCUAUUCAAAGUUCUAGCAGAUACUGUAGGUCUUGAAAGUAGGCUAGUGGUGGGUCUUUCCAUUGAUGGGGCUGUUGAGUGUGUAGAUUCAUAUAAGCAUAUGUCUGUGAUAGUUGUGUUGAACUCUGUUGAACUAUUGGUCGACCUAAUGCGGAUCCCUGGCAAGCUGUUUCCCCGAUCAACCAAGGCAAUCUUUAUGACCCAUAUUUCUGCAGCAGGGGAGAGUGAUUCUGCAGAAAAUGAUUCCUGUGAUUCACCACUAGAACCAAACAGUCCCCUAUAUGGAUUUUCAGAGAGAAUGGAUCCUGACAGUGCUGAAAGAGAUGAGAGCCUUCAGUUCCGAGGGAGAUUUGAUGUGCCCUCGAAUGUGCAAGGUCCUUCAUUGCGAAAUAUGAUGUUGCGACCUAUCACUUCCAUUGAAAGAAAACUGAGUUUAUCACAUAGUGAACCCAACAUUGCAACUUCAUUUUGGCGCCGUAGUCGAAGAAAGGCCAUUGCUGAACAGCGGACUGCUAGUUCAAGUCCAGAGCAUCCUUCAUUUCGAGCACGUGGGCGGUCCAUGCUCAGUGGUGAUAGGAAAUCUUUUAGAGAUUAUGCUGAUGACAUGCCUACCUCAAGCUACAGGUCAGAUGGUACAUCAACAUCAGAAGCUCGUAGAUUAAGAAGAAGAAGCAUUAGUAUUACUCCAGAGAUUGGUGAUGAUAUCGUAAGGGCUGUACGGGCGAUGAAUGAAACAUUGAAGCAAAAUCGUCUUUUGAGAGAGCAGGGUGAUGAUGACAGAAACAUUACUUCUGGUCUUCAGAAAAAUGACCAAAUCAGUUCUCAAAAAGCAAUAUCGUUACCUUCAUCACCACAUCAAUAUAGGAGUCAAACGUCUGAGAGAAUUGGACCAUCUGAAUUCACGAGAAAUGAUGAAUUGGUCUUAACAUGGAACAGAAUUCUUGAGUCCGCCACGUGUGGUAAUAAACCUCUAUUGCCUUAUCAGGAAUGGAAUAUUGAUUUCUCAGAAUUGACUGUUGGAACUCGUGUUGGAAUUGGGUUCUUUGGAGAAGUCUUUCGAGGUGUUUGGAAUGGAACAGAUGUUGCAAUAAAGGUUUUCUUAGAGCAAGAUCUAACUACUGAAAACAUGGAAGACUUCUGCAAUGAGAUAUCCAUUCUUAGCCGUCUUCGGCAUCCAAAUGUUAUUUUAUUUCUAGGUGCAUGCACAAAGCCUCCACACUUAUCAAUGGUUACAGAAUACAUGGAGAUGGGAUCCUUGUAUUAUUUGAUUCAUUUAAGUGGCCAGAAGAAGAAGCUUAGCUGGCGAAAGAGACUAAAAAUGUUGCGUGACAUAUGCAGGGGGUUGAUGUGCAUGCACCGGAUGAAGAUAGUUCACCGCGAUUUAAAAAGUGCAAACUGUCUCGUGAAUAAGCAUUGGACUGUCAAGAUCUGUGAUUUUGGGCUCUCAAGAAUAAUGAACGAGACAAACAUGAAGGACUCCUCGUCUGCCGGAACUCCGGAAUGGAUGGCACCUGAACUUAUUCGAAAUGAACCCUUCACCGAAAAAUGUGAUAUUUUCAGCCUUGGGGUGAUAAUGUGGGAGCUCUGCACUCUAAAUAGACCGUGGGAAGGCAUUCCACCGGAGAGGGUAGUUUAUGUUGUUGCCAAUGAGGGUUCCCGAUUGGAAAUUCCGGACGGUCCACUGGGCAGGCUUAUUUCGGAUUGUUGGACAGAACCGGAUGAUCGGCCAAGCUGUGAGGAGAUACUCUCCCGCUUGUUAGACUGCGAAUACUCACUUUGCUGAUACAAUCUUUGUUUCUUGUGUAUAGAAAACAUGGUAGAGGUGUUACAUUGUAUUCUCGGCUCAAGGUUGUAUUCUGCUGUCAAUUUCUCAAUCAUUGUAAAAUCAUAAAUUUGGUUUUUUUUUCCUUUUUAUGUCCUCCGUUUUGCAUCUUCCUCCAAUGUUGCUGCGACUCAGCUUUUUUAUGCAAUCAAAAAACAAAUUAGUUUGUUGACAAGCUUGGAUUUUGGCUUUUAUUCUUGUUACUUCUGUUAUCUGCAACCAUAAACAGCAGGAAAAACGACGACAAAGGAAAGUAUUAUUUGAUGGAAAAUUCAAAAUGACAAAACAGGCACGAACAAGAUGUUCAGAACUCUUACAUUCCUCUUACAACUAUUUUUUUUUAUCACAUUAGUUUCAUCUUCAGUCAAGGAUAGGCCGCCUGUUGAGUGCUUCUUCAAAGCGACGGCACGAAUCCACCCUCAUCUCUGUACUCAUUUCGUUUUCUGGUGCCGGAUAGUAAUCCUCCCUCAGCUGCACAUCCCUCAAGUUGCGGUUCAAGUUUGGAAUUCUCACAAGGAACAUCAUGAAAUGCUCAUGUGCCGUGCCAUGGAUGAAAAGCUUCCGCAAUGUCAGGCAUUCUGCCAGCAACCCGGCAGCCGGAAGCCAAAGACUCCUCUGGUUUACGUCCCGGUCCUGCGGGGGCCAGUAAUCGAGUUCACUGAGGCUCAAGCUUUCAAUCCCACUCAGGAAGAACCUCUCCCAAAGACUCAGGUCCAUCUGCCCGGGGGGUGCAGUAAGUGCAUAGCCAACUGUAUCACCACAAUCCAACUUCAUCUUGGACAGCAGAGGAUAGCCGGCGAGGCAGGUCAACCCAAAAUCUCGCCGUGUGGGUCUGUGCCUUCCCCUGCAAUCCCCUUCUACCCGGAUCUGAAUCUCCUCCAGAUUGGGACAAUCAUCGAGACCAGCCGUUGGCAACGGAGUCAGCGGCUCACCAACCCCAAUCCAAAGCGAAAGAUAAUGCAGCCUCUCCCAGCUCUCACCACCCCAAAACCCAUUUCCAUUGCCAUAGCCAUAUCCAUUGCUUGGUGGCAUAUAGGAACAGUCUCCAUCCAACCCCAACUUGCAUUUCUUGCUGCUUCUGUGCUCAUACUCAGCCGCCCAAUUCAAGUCCAUGUAAUCACCAUCCUCCCCAUUCCGAUUCAACACACUGGCUUCACUAUUAACAUCCUCAUCCUCAUCAUCAUUCACUUGAUUGAUAUCAAAAUUGGGGGCAUGAUCAUCCUCCUGCUCCCAAACGCAAUCAAUGUGGAGCCUUUGAAUCCGAUCACGAAUCGGCUCCAAAGCCCGCAAAGAAGCAGCAGCAUCCAAGUUCUUGCAGCAAGAGAUCCCAACAUCAACCAGAGUCUUCCUUAACAAGCAAGCCAUCGUCCUCAGCCCCUUCACUGUGAUUCUCUUACAUCCCUGAACCUCAAACUUGGCCAAUUUGCAGCACCCUCUAGCGAUCUCAAUCAACCCCAUAUCCGUCAAAUCAGCCGAGUUCUUGAUCGACAAAGACUCCAGCCCUGAA